CUGCCCAAUCAAGUACGUCCUCUUCAACACAGCUGACUUUGCUUAUAUGGCAGGAAAAUACAUAAAACUGUAAUCGGACGUACCGGAAAACACUAGUGCUCUAUACUACUGUAAAAAGUAUAUAGUGACACUUUCUUAACCGUUGUCUUGCCGCUUUACUAAGGACUUCCUUUUCCCGUCGUUGCGCAACCUCGAGCUCACUGCAGGACCCGAAAAUAAGGUAUGAGCUUCCAACAUUUGCAGUGCCAGCAUAUGGGAGACACUAAUGGAAACAUUCACAUAACCCUUUGAGAGAAUUGUUUUUCAAAGCAAUGGCUGCACAUGGACAACGAGUAGGGGUCAAGAAUUUAAAAUGGAGAAAGAGGGAGUCUUUGAUGAUGUUGUAUGUAUACAACCAGCACAAAUCUUGGUUGGAGGACUCCCAGCGUACUGUGACACUGAUCGAAAUUUGGGAAGAAAUUGCCAUAAAGCUGAGUAAGAUGACAGGCAUAGAGAGAACUGGGAUGCAGGCUCGGCGUCAUUAUGGUGAACUGAAUCAGUGGAAGUUCAAACAGUUACAAGAGUGGCUUCGACAGGUUCAAGAGAAUCCCCCUGCUCCAUUUGAUCCAUCAGUUAAAGACAGAGAGAAAUGCCAUAGACAGCAAAGACAAAUACCCCCCUUCAUCCAGAAAAGUGAAUGUGACUGUGCUGAGGAAAAUAAACAGGAAAUGGUCCAACACAGAGAAAUUAUACCAGCUCAUCCAGCACCAGCGACACAGAUGGACUGGCAGCUGUUUCGUCAAGAUAUCCAAGUCAUGGUGCGUGAUGUCUUGAGGGAAGAGUUCCAUGAUAUGUUCAGCAGCUUUAUAAGGCAAAUUUUGCCCAGUGUUAGCCAGUUCAUUGCAGCUCCACACAUCAUCGAUGAUGAGGCACAUGCUUCUAAGGCUUACCAGGAAGGUCCUCAGAAAGAGCAAUGAAAUGAGCUUGCAAAGCAAUCAUCCUUACUGUGCAGUACACUGUAUGACUACAACAUAAGUAUAGGUGCACACAGACGCACACACAGGAGGGUACAGAUCAAAGUAGUCAUCAGUGCAGUACAAUGUAUGAUUACAAAAUAACUAUGAGAAGUUCCUGUGUCUUACAUUCAGCCAUGAUAGAGUUUAGUUCCCCAGUGUUUGUUGUUGCUGUAAAACACAUUCAUUUUUCUGUUAGCCUUCUGUGUGGGAGUCAGUUCACAUCCUUCUGAAGUAAAGUUAGAAUAAAACUGUUGCUACUUUCCUGUCAAAUUCAGCAGUAACACAGUCAUAAAACUGUCAGGUAUGACUAACAGCUCAUUCUGUCCAUAACCUCAAGUUGGCUUAUAUUUUGGAGGUUGUUGUCCUAUGAAAAUACUAGCAGAUUCCCCAUCAGGAUUCUUUGUAUUACUUUCCUUGCCACAUUUGCUCCAUAGAUUUUUUCAUGCACCCUCUUAUUAAGUGUACCAUCUUUGCUUUUUUUUCUACUCAUCUGGCACUUCUGCUGUUCAUGAUCUACAUUACAGGGUCUGCCAACACAUACUGCAGAUUUCUAAACACUCUGGAAGGCACCCCAUUUGUCCUCAUGCUUUAUCUUGUCUGAAGUUUGAUAUUUCUCUCUCAACAUCCUGUGUAGCCUGGUAUCUGGUCAGUGUUCUUCACAUUCUGCUGUGUCUCCCCACCAGCAUGGGAACCUCCCCAAGGUAUCUCUUGUGAAGAAAAGUAUGCAUUCAUCUAUUAGCACUGCUACCCCAACCCUUACACACACACACUUUUCUGUGGCCUGCCUCCCCACUUUCCUCAUCUUCUCCAGUGUAGGGUCUUUCUUUCAUCUUUCAGCAGUAUGCAUCAAGGAAGACUUGCUUCCUUUCUUCAUUUUUUUCUGCUAACCCCCUGUGAACUUUAAGCUGUGCUAGCAUUAUGAUAUUUUUUCCAGUCUUGGAAGCCGCCUUUUAAUGUGCCUCCUCUCUAUCCAUAUACCUUCCUUGACACAUAUACAGCUUACAUUUUUGACUGAUUACUAGCUGUACAUUCCAUUGUAGACAUGUUAGAGUUGCUCUCCUUUUGCCCUUUUGCUUCUUACUAACAGCCUUAUCCAUAGGCCUGUUUAAAAUUAUUUUAUGUUAGACAAUAUAAUAUUCACUCAGAAAGUGGUACUUCAAAUGUAGUUAUGUACAUGCAUCUGUAAACCAUAUCUUUAUAUUUCUGUAUUAUGGGAUGCAUAUCCCUUUCCACUUCUGUCCCUCCUGUGUUUAUCUGUUAACCUUCUUUGCAUGCCCUUCAUUUUAUAUCAUACCACCCGUCUGAUUUAUUUUAUGUUGUUAUCCAUUUCUUUCAAACCCAGUCAUUAAUCUUUACCCACACCCAUAUCUACUCAAACUUGAUGAUCUUAAAUGGGAGCACAUCCCCCUUAAAAUAUUCCCAUGGUCUUCUUACCUUCCCUCAGACUUUCAGUCAUUUCCUUUUGUAUUUACUAUCUUAAAAUCAUUCCCUCUUCUUCUUUACCAUCUACUCCAGUGCUAGAUUUGUUUUGCAUUGCCAAGUAAUCCCCGCACAGGUGGUUGACACCUGUGUCUGCUUUAUACAAUGUAUAUUCCUUCUGACAUCUGUCCAUCCUCUGUAUGUGCCUAUCCACCUAUUUUACCCAUCACUAAGCUUCAAAAACAGAAAGAAUGAAAACAAAGUUCUAUCCCCACACAACGUUCCCAUGCCCUUUUGACCUUUCCUUCAACCUUUCAGCACCAGUUUUCCUUUUAUGUUUACAAGCUAAUGCCAACGCUUUCUUCUUUACCAUGCCCUCCACUCUGUUAAGUUUUUAUGUUACUAUGUGAUCUCACACGUGUAUCUAACAUUUCUAAACUAUGUUCUAUAUUUCAAUGCUGGAAAUGUCAAUAUUUUUUAUUUCAAGCAUCCUGUCUUCUACUCUGUUUUCUGCACUGCACAAUUUCUGUAAUUUAGAUAUUGAUAGUUUUGGAUGUAUGUAUACAUCUGUAAAAUGUUACAUUAUUGACUAUUGCAUGUUUAAUGUUUAUAGUUUUGUAUAUUUUAGUAAUAAAGAUUACAUUUUCCAGUG